GAGGAGAAGGAGGAGGAGCAGAGAAGCUCCGCGGCGUCUAAAUUUCCUGAACGCAAGCGCCGCGCACCCAGCCGUCAACGAGAUGUGAGAAGAUCUGGAAGGUGUGUCGGUCACUGCUGUCGCUCAGCUGUCUCCCCUCCCGCACCCAACCCCCUUCGUUGUGAAAGCGAGAGAGAGAGAGAAAGUUUCCUGUCUUGACGCACGGUAGUCGACCGUUCACUCCACACGAUGGCACGUCUAUGUCAGGGUGCAGCGCUGUUGCUUCGGGAGCUCCGCUGCUUUCGAGAGAACUGAAAGAUUCAUUAUUAUUUCUAUUUAAAAAAAAAACUGUCACCAUGGCCGAAUUUGGAGAGAACAAGAGCGCCGUCUGUCCACAGGUUGCUGACUGGAGAGCUGCGUCAGGAGGAGCCGGAAUGAGUGUGGAGACGCACCGAGGAGAGCCCGUGUCAAACGGAAACUGCAGCGUGUCAGACACCGCCAAGAGGGUCCAAAACGAAUCCAGCUGCGAGUCCCCGACGUGGGAGAACACGAGCGCGAAGCCAAUCCCUCGACGCAGCAGUCUCAUCAAGGAUGGAUCACGUGCUGGGCGGGAGAGGAAGAAGACGGUGUCCUUCAGCAGCAGUCUGUCAGAGAAGAAGAUCAGCAGCGCUGCAGACUGCAUCCACUCCAUGGUUGAGGGGAGCGAGCUCAAGAAAAUCCGUCCCAACUCUCGUGUUUACCAGCGUUACUAUCUACUAGAUGCAGGCCUCCAGGCUCUGUGCUGGGAGCCGUCCAAGAAGGAGUCAGACAAAGCUCGGAUCUCGCUUGCCUCUAUACGUGAGGUGCGGACGGGCCGCAACACUGAAACUUUCCGCACCAGUGGGGUUUAUGAGCAGAUUUCCGAGGACUGUGCAUUCUCAAUCAUCUAUGGAGAGACAUAUGAAACCUUGGACCUGGUGGCUAACUCUGCAGAAGUGGCAAACAUAUGGGUUACGGGCCUGAGGUAUCUGAUGCAGUAUGGGAAACAUGCCCUUGACAUGCUCGCCAGCAGUCAGGACAGCCUCCGUCUGUGCUGGCUGGAACAGUUGUUCUCCUCUGCUGCUGAUGUGGACAAGCAGGAAGACAUCGAGGAAGGGAUUCGCUUGCAGUCAGCUGUAAAGUUAAUACAAAGCGUGAACCCUGGCGUGAGCAGCAGCAAAGUGGAGCACAGGUUUAAAGAGCUUCAAAGAGUCAGGGAGAAGACGUACGGGCCGACAAUAGGUAAUGGAUCUGGAAACCACAGUGAAACCAAAAAGCCACCUGGAAGAAAUGAGCAAGUCACCAAGCUAGAGUUCAUUGAGGUCUUUCACGACUUUUGCACACGUCCAGAGAUCUACUUCCUGAUGGUGCAGUUCUCUAGCAACAAGGAGUUCUUGGAUGCCAAAGACCUGAUGAGGUUCAUCGAGGCUGAGCAGGGCAUGGCUCAAGCCAAUGAGGAAACCAGCCUGAAACUCAUCCAGUGCCAUGAGCCAUCAGAGGAGGGACGGCAGCAGGGAUACCUGUCACUGGACGGCUUCACCAGCUACCUCACUUCAGCUGAGUGCCACCUCUUUGACCGGGAGCAUCACAUCGUGUGCCAGGACAUGUCCCAGCCGUUGUCACACUACUACAUCAACUCCUCCCACAACACCUACCUCAUCGAGGACCAGUUUCGAGGUCCCUCUGAUAUCUCCGGCUACAUCCGUGCCCUUAAGAUGGGCUGCCGAUGUGUGGAGCUUGACGUCUGGGAUGGCCCCGAUGAGGAGCCAGUGGUGUGCACUGGACACAACCUGUCCCCUCCGCUAGCCCUGCGUUGUGUGUUGGAUGCAAUCGGGAGAUUUGCAUUUGUGGCGUCAGAGUAUCCAUUAAUUCUUUGUAUCGAAAACCACUGUUCUGUUCAUCAGCAGAAAGUGAUGUUACAACAUCUUGUGAGGAUAUUAGGAGAGAAGCUGUACACAGACCUCCCAGAGGAAGGGGCCUUGUAUCUUCCAUCGCCGAAUGCUCUGAGGCAUCGAAUCCUACUUAAGGGUAAAAAGUUGGGGCCAUUUUCCGAUGGGGAGGAUGGGGAGGUGAGUGAAGAGGAUGAAGGAGCGGAGGUAUGUCAACGAUUAAAAGCAGCUAAUAGUGGAGGGACAACAUCUGGUGCAAGUGAGAAGGAAGUGAUGCAGAAAAUUGUCUCCUUCACAGCAGCCCCUCAGUCUAAUCCUCCUCAUCUUCCUCCCAAACGUUUCCAACUGUUGAAGGAUCUCUCUGACUUAGUAACUCUUUGCCACUCUGUCCACUUCAUUGACUUUGCAACAUCAUCCAAGAGCCAAAAACCUUGGGAGCUGUGUUCCUUCCACGAGUCUUUGGCUGUGCGUCUCGCUAGCGAGAGCCCCGGUGACUUUGUCAACCACAACAAACAUUUCCUGUCACGAGUGUACCCCAACCCCAUGCGUAUCGACUCCAGCAACAUGAACCCCCAGGACCUGUGGAAGUGCGGCUGCCAGAUUGUGUCAAUGAAUUUUCAGACGGCAGGACUGAUGAUGGACCUGAACACGGCGUGGUUUAGGCAGAAUGGGAACUGUGGCUACAUUCUGCGGCCGGCCAUCAUGCGGCAGGAGGUGUCUUAUUUCAGUGCCGACACCAGAGACACGGUGCCUGGUGUUUCUCCACAACUACUCCACGUCAAGGUGAUUAGUGGUCAGAACCUGCCCAAGCCCAGAGGUUCUGGCGCCAAAGGGGAUGUGGUGGACCCAUAUGUGUAUGUGGAGAUCCAUGGCAUCCCAGCUGACUGCAUGGAGCGACGCACCAGGACUGUGACCCAGAAUGGGGACAACCCCGUCUUCGAUGAGAGCUUUGAGUUCCAGAUCAACUUGCCUGAGCUUGCCAUGGUUCGCUUUGUGGUGCUGGAUGAUGACUACAUUGGGGAUGAAUUCAUAGGACAGUAUACGAUACCUCUGGAGUGCCUCCAGCCCGGCUACAGGCAUGUACCCCUCCAGUCUCUCACAGGGGAGGACCUACCGCACGCCAAGCUAUUUGUCCACGUGGCCCUAACCAAUCGGAGAGGAGGGGGGAAGCCUCACAAAAGGGGUCUCUCAGUACGGAAGGCCAGAAAAGGAAGGGACUACACGGCUCUGAGGGACUUAGGGGUUCGGUCUGUGGAUGAUGUUUUCAAGAUGGCUGCUCCUCUGCUGAGGGAAGCCACUGAUCUGAGGGGGAACAUGCAGAACUCUGUAGCAGUGUUCAGGGAGCUGUGCGGGGUGUCGGCUGUGGCUAACCUCAUGCAGUGCGUGCUAGCUCUGAGCUCCAGGGUGUCAGGACCAGAGGGGACGCCUUUACUGCUGUUUGUGCUUCAGGAGAGCUACCCCACCCUGGAGGCUCAGGGGCCCUUGCCCGACGUCCUUCGCCGAGUUGUCUCUACCUAUGACAUGAUGGUCCAGGCGAGCAGAGCUGUGAUGGAGCUUUCUGAUGGACUCUACGAAAGGAUCCUGCACAUACAGACGACCGGUAAUGCUGCGGCAGAGGCGUCUUACUGCAGAAAUACCCGUUUUCGUUUCCUCCGUCCAUCGUGAAUCUUUUACUUUAUAUGCGAUCGCAUGUAAAUUAAGUGUUUUUCUUGAAACUGCGACAGUUUAGCCCUGCGCUUUUUGGGCCGCUGCCAGUACUUUCAUCUGAUAAGGAGCUGAGCCCGAGGCCCGAUCCUUACGAACAAAGCUCUUCCUGUGUGUACGGAUGAGAGAUGGGGAUCAGGUGAUCCCAAGGCGGGGGUCCACCUCUCAGUCUGGGAAGAGGAGGGGGGGCAGGGAGAAGGCAUAAACAGGUCACUCGGAGGGAGCCAUGGGAUGGCCGGUGGCAGAGAUGGAUGUCUGGAAGUUACAUCAGCGUACAGAGGAGAGACGGAGGCGGGAGGCGAAAGCCGUGGGAAGAUUAAUGGCGGUGAUGGAUGGCUGGAGGCGAAGCUGCGAGGAAGACGAGAACACCGAGGGAGAAGUGACAGAUAAUCCACUUUAGCAUCAGAAUGGGUUGGCUUGUUAGAGGGGUGGAUUAGGAAAACGCUCACUUUCUCACUGGUUGUGUAUUCGAUGUACACCGAUCAGCCACAGCAUUAUGACCACCUUAAUAUUGUGCAGGACAUGGGCCCUCUGAGGGUGUCCUGUGGCAUCUGCUAACAGAGUGUUGUUAAUGGGGGUGGGCUUUGGGUCCUAUAUGGAUCUCUCUGCGAAUCAUCCCACAGGUGCGUGAUCAGUUUGAAAUCUAGUGACUUGGGAGACACGUUUUUGUGUAUUUGUGUGUCUGUGUCAAGCUGCGUCCUGCUGGGGAUGCCUGCUGCCAUCAAGGAGUGUCAUUUCUAUAGGGCGGGGGUGCCCGUUCUGGUUUCAGGUGGGUGGUACAGGUCAAAGUAACGAACACGGAUGCCAGGUUCAAAAGUUCCCCAGCAGAACGUUGCAUUCACUCCACCUGUCGUAACCUGUCAUAAUGUUGUGGCUGAUCAGUGUAGAUAUAUAUGUGCCAUGUAUUUAUUUCAUCCAGUUUUGAGAUGUCUUUUUUUCUUUUCUUUCUGGUUAAAUGGAAAACAAAGAGAGACAAUGACACCAAUCUAAAAAGCCGUUGGUUCACUUGUCACCUCUAGAUGAAAGUUUAAGAACGUUUCACUUCUGUCACACCCUGGAGCGCACUACUCGCAUCGAGGCGAGAAGCCGAGCCCUGCACGUGCGAAUUUACUUCGCUCACAUGUCUUACCUGAAACUAUUUCCUCAGCGCCCCGGCUGGUGCGCAGUUAUCAUUUGGUGGUGAUCACAGAAAUGCUGCGAUCACCACAAAUAAAAUUCCAAUCGCCCUCUCAGACACGAGUGUCACAAAAUCAAUGCGUUCUAAGAGGAUUGAGUGUUAGAGCCUGGCUGUGAUUGUUUAUAAAACCUCAUCACACCACGUCAGCUAACAUUUAAAAAAAACAAAAAAAAAACACAUUAUUGCUUUAACGGUGUCACUGUUUAGAAAUGUACUUAAACAUGCUCACAAACUAAAAGACGAACCUGGAUGAUUGAGGAUAAACAUCUUGUGCAGAUGCUUCCAUACAUAUAGGUCCUUUCAGCAGAUGGUUAGCUGCAUUAGAAAGUUGUGUAGAUCACAAGUGAACAUGUCCUGGAUGAAUGUUCUUUAUCCCCUCUCAUAAAUAGAGGCCCACACACUUGGAUUAUUUAUACUCAUACCCACUGGGCCUCUAGGCUUCACCUCGCUGAGAAAUCGGCUGAUCAGCUGCUCACCCCCUCUGGGCCCUGGUGUGUUUCGCGCUGAGACUCACAUCUGGAAGUGUGGCUCUUAACUUCCAUGAGACCCUCUCAGCCGCAUUGUUUCUCAACGGCAUCGGAGGAAAAGUCACAUCUUUCCCAUCUCAACUGCUCACAGUUCAGACCGAGGACAGGAAGUUAAAGUGAUGUAAUGCUGCUACGCUCUGAUUGGCUGGCCCCUGAAGGUUAUUUUGUCCUCUGGGUCAGGACCUUGUUUCUGUGUGUGUGUGUGUGUGUGUGUGUGUGUGUGUGUGUGUGUGUGUGUGUGUGUGUGUGUGUGUGUGUGUGUGUGUGUGUGUGUGUGUGUGUGUGUGCGUGUGUGUUUUUCCAUGUGUGCACACUGUCCAAGUAAAGGCUCGAAAAUAUUGUCCCCCUCCCCUAGCUUCACUUGGUUUCACAUGGAAAUAGACACACACACAUACACACACACACUUCGCUGGCACGUAGGCUUCGAGUUGCCUAGCAACCACGCAGAAAAGGUUAUUAUUCAGGCAAUUUAUGUAGGUGUGUGUGAUUGUGGAGCAGUGGGUUAUGUAGGGGUGUGUGUGUGUGUGUGUGUGUGUGUGUGUGUGUGUGUGUGAUUGCGGAGCAGUGAGAACGUAUGCGCGCGCAGGUGUGUGUCCCUGCUUGCAGACGUUUAGCGACAGAGAGGAAUUAUGUGUGAGGAAGUGGUAAAUAAUUAUACUUUCACACAAUCUGUUUACUCUUCUGCGCGCGCCUGCGCACGUGUGUGUGUGUGUGUGGUCUUGACUCGGCGUGUUUAACGUCUCGUUGAUGGCUCGCAGUGAUGUGUGCCCCAUGUUAACCCACUUCCGGGUUUCCAUGGUAACAGUGGGACGGUGGCCCGGGGCGGCCAGAGGAAGCCAGACACACACAGCACAACUCACUGCACACACUCUAUAACUACCCGGAGGCCUGACUUCUGUGACACUGUCGUGCUCUCUUUGCGAAUAUUUCGCGGUCUGUCUUUCAGUUGCUCCAUUCCUUUGCAUUCCCCGUUCUGCUUUCUCUCUCCUCUCUGUCACGCUUGUAGUUUGGUUAAAUCGUCCAGAAAGUGAAAUGUCAGUAUUUUUUUUAAAGCUUUACAUUAAAAGAAAUACUGACACUGUCGAUAACACCUCAUUGGUGGUGGAUUAGAACUCGCAGGUUGAACGUGAAGAUUCGAUCUCCAUCUGUACCAUCUUGAACCAGGGCCGAGUCCUCCUGCUACAGUAAAUACUGGACUGGAGACAUUGCAUUGAUGCUGCUUGACAUUCAGAGUAUGAAUGAUGAAUGCAGCAGGAACAGUGACUCAUUCAUAGCUAUUGUUUGCAGACCACACACACAAACGCACACACACACGCACAUCAAUAACGGCAUGAGUCGAGCUAACAUCGAUGUUCCUCACCUCCACCUCCUUAAGACUGUUCACUGUGAAAAAUCCACUCAGUGUUCACGGCUGAUUUCGCUCCUGUAAUCUCCCUCUCCGUAAGUCAUCUUAAUAGAAACUGCUCCGAGGUAGCAGCACUAGCUUUUUUUUUUUUAAUGAGAAAACGGAGCCUGCCUCAGCCUUUUUCGUGAAUUAUAUGUGGUCGCGUCUUCAGCGGAAAGUCAGAUUAACACAGUGUGAAAUAAAAUUGCAUACACUGGUCAGGCGUAACAUUAUGACCACCUUCCUAUUAUGGCGUGGGUCUCCCUUGUUGCCUCCAAAACUGUUGUGACUCAUCAGAGAAUGGACAUGGGCCUUCUGAGGGUGUCCUAUGGUGUCUGG